AUGAGCGACGCAGCGCCUUUAUCGAGCCUGACACCAGCGCAGAUCAAGAAACUCCAGCGUGUGUUCUAUAUGAUUGAUAAGGAUGCCGACGGUCGUGUAAAGGAAAGCGAUGUGGUGCAAGUACUGCGCAAUCUAGGCGCUACCGAUGCCACGACAGAGGCACAAGCGUGCUUUUCGGGGUCGACGCCUGCCUCACUCGAAUCUAUGGGAUUUCUGACGAUUAUGAGUCACACACUAGGCCCUUUAAGUGAUGUUCGACAGCUCAUGGACGCGUUUGCAAGCUUUGAUGAGAAGGAUGAGGGUAUGCUCGAUGUCGACGUUGUGCGUGAGAUGCUCGAUCACGACGAGGAUCUCUUGGCCCACUGGCUCUCGCCCACGUUCCUUGAUCGAUCACGCAAGCGAUUUGAUUAUCGAAAGUUCGUGACAACGCUUAGCAUGUGCGAAUGGCACGAUAUCGAAUAA